GCAGCCGGUCUGUGUGAAGUUGAGCUACGGAGGAAGAGAGGAUGCAAAGCAGAGAAUAAACACAUGGCAGUCUGCUCCUCCUCUGAACCUACUGCAUGCCUUUCUGCUGCACCUCCUUCUUCUCCUCCUGCACCUCCUCUAUGCUGUGACUCCGCUCCUCUCUCAUCCUCCACCAGAGGAGAGGCGGGGAUGCAGAGAUCCGCUGCGGGAAAGAGGAGCCUGCAGCCCGGAUCCACAGCUCAGAAACCCCGCUGAGAGACAGACUGCCGAUAUCAAGGAUGGGCGAUCAGGUGUCUAAGCUGAAGCAGCUAAAUUCAUCAGACAUGGAGGAGCAGAGAUUCUUCCAGAACCAGAACCAGGACUACGUGGACCAGGCAGGGUCUGGUUCUGGAUCCGAGGAGAGAGCCAACGAGCCGCUGGACGAGGAGGGCCAGGUGAGCGCUUCCUUCCAGAAGAAGGUCCAGAGUAAGAUUAAAGACCUGCUGCAGCAGAUGGAGGAAGGUCUGAAGACAGCCGACCCUCACGACUUCUCCACCUACACCGGCUGGACAGGCAUCGCCCUGCUGUACCUGCAGCUGCACCGCUGCUCCCAGGAAUCCUCCCACCUGCAGAGGGCGCUGGACUACGUGAAGCGAACCCUCCGGAUCCUGAACGGGCGUAAGGUCUCCUUCCUGUGUGGAGAUGCAGGCCCUCUGGCUGUGGGAGCUGUGGUUCAUCACAAGCUGAGGAACACUGAGGAGAGCCAGGACUGCCUGAACAGGCUGGUGCUCCUCCAGAGUUCAGUCCUCAGUGACUCUGACCUCUCUGAUGAACUCCUAUACGGUCGCGCUGGCUUCCUGUUCGCUCUGCUGUACGUCAACAGAGAGAUGGGAGAGCACACAGUGGAGGAGAGCACCAUCACACAGGUGGUGUCUGCGAUCCUGGACUCGGGGAAGUCUCUCUCUCAGGACCAGAAGAAGACGGAGCGCUGUCCUCUGCUGUACGAGUGGCACAGGAAGCAGUACCUGGGAGCGGCUCAUGGGCUCACUGGCAUCUUCUACAUGCUGCUGCAGCCUGGAGCCAGAGUCCCGGCUGAUGUUCUCUCAGAGUUCGUUCGUCCGAGCAUCGAUUACGUUCGUCAUAAGAAGUUUCGUUCGGGGAAUUUCCCGUCGUCUCUGAGCAACGAGAGCGACCGAUUGGUUCAGUGGUGCCACGGAGCGCCGGGGGUCAUACACACACUGCUGAUGGCCCACCAGGUGUUCCAGGAGGAGAAGUACCUGAAGGAGGCGUCAGACUGCUCGGAGGUGAUCUGGCAGAGAGGUUUCCUGAGGAAAGGAUACGGACUCUGCCACGGCACGGCAGGGAACGGAUUCAUCUUCCUGUCCCUGUACCGGAGGACGAAGGAGAGGAAGUACCUGUUCAGGGCCUGCAAGGUAUGGCUGGGACUGUGUACUUCCUGUCGGAACUGGAGAACCCCGAGACCUCCUGCUUCCCUGCCUUCGAACUCUGACCUGCUGAGGAAGAUGAAGAGGAAGAGGAGGAAGAUGAAGAGGAGGAGGAAGAAGAAUAGAAGUCUGGACAUGUAAAGGACGUUUUUGUGAUGCAGAUUUCCUGAUGAGUGACUGAGUGACUCUUUAUUGAAACGUUGACAAGGAGGGGGAAGAGGAUUAAUGUCGCACUGAAUAAAGACCCUGCUGGACUGAUGAAGACGAUGAUGAAGAAGGACUCUGAUCACAGGGAUCCUGCAGACAUUUGGAGAAAAGACUUUCAAUCUGAUCUAGCUGGAAGAACUGUGUGUGUGUGUGUGUGUGUGUGUGUGUGUGUGUGUGUGUGUGUGUGUGUGUGUGUGUGUGUGUGUGUGUGUGUGUGUGUGUGUGUGUGUGUGUG